AUGACUACCGACAUCUCUACUUAUCAAUUUAAUCAUACCAUGAUUCGGGUAAAGGACCCACAAGUCUCGAUAAAGUUCUAUGAAGAAGUUUUAGGAAUGAAGUUAAUCAGUAAAUCUGAUUUUCCUACGGCAAAGUUUACGCUCUACUUUCUUGCAUAUGUACGUGAAUCCUUGUCUGAAUCUGAAACAGAAAGAAAAGUUUAUACUUUCGGAAGGGAAGGUGUAUUAGAGUUGACUCACAAUUGGGGAACUGAAUCAGAUCCUGAAUUCAGUUAUAAUGUCAAUCCGGAGCGACGUGGAUUCGGUCAUCUUGCAAUCUGUGUGGAUAACAUUGAGGCAGCUUGUAAACGAUUUGAGGAAUUAGGCGUCAAAUUUGUUAAGAGGUUGCAGGAUGGCAUGAUGAAGAAUAUCGCCUUUAUUGCGGAUCCCGAUGGAUAUCAAGUUGAGAUCAUUCCAAAAGGGAUAGAUGUGACAACGGUUUCGAGUUGUUAG